GGCAGCGCCAUGGGGUGGGGGGGGGGCCGUGGCGAUCGGGUGCCCCUCGGCUCCUUUCGGCUCCUCUCGUUUCCACUCGACAUCUUUCAAUCCCACUCGGCUCCCUUCGGCUUCCUUCGUUCCUCCUCGGUCACCCCUCGGUUCCUUUCGUUCCCACUCGGCUCUCUUCGGCUCCCCCUCGACUCCGCCUAUUCCCACUCGGCUGAUCUCGGUUCCUCUCGUUCCACUCGGCUCCCUUCGUUCCUCCUCGGUCAUCCCUCGGUUCCUUUCGUUCCCACUCGGCUCCCUUCGGCUCCCCCUCGACUCCGCCCAUUCCCACUCGGCCGAUCUCGGUUCCUCUCCUUACACUCGGCUUCCUUCGGCUCCCCUCGGCUCCUUUCGAUUCUCCUCGGUUCCUUUCGUUCCCAUUCAACUCCCUUCGCCUGCCCCUCGGCUCUUUUCGUUUCCCUUCGUCUCAUUUCGUUCUCUCUUGACUCCCUUCGGCUCCCCCUCGACUCCGCCCAUUCCCAUUCGGCCGAUCUCGGCUCCUCUCGUUCCCACUCGGCUCCCUUCGGCUCUGCAUGCCCCGCUGAUGGCGGCGGGCCGCCGCUCACCGCCGGGGCCGUGCUGCCCGCCGCGGGUGGCGGUGCCCAGCGUGCACCAGAGCCUCCCCGAGAUGGACUUCGAGCGGGGGAUCUGGGCAGCGGCGCGGGACGGGGACGAAGCUCGGGUGCUGCAACUGCUGGAACGGCGCGGGGAGCCCAGCCAGCCCGACCUGGCGGGGUACACCGCCCUGCACUACGCCAGCCGCAACGGGCACCUGGGUGUGUGCCGCUUGCUGCUGCAGCGCGGCGCUCAUUGCAACGCCCGCACGCCCGGCGGGGCCACCGCCCUGCACCGCGCCAGCUACUGCGGGCACGUGGCCGUGGCGCGGCUCCUGCUGGCGCACGGCGCUGACCCCGCCGCCGCCGACGGGGACGGCCGCACCAGCCUGCAUAAGGCGGCGGAGCGCGGUCACCGGGAGCUCUGCGUCCUCCUGCUGCAGAACAGCCCUGCCUUGCUGGCUGCUCGUGAUGCUAAAGGACGGCGGCCCCGCGACACGGCCGACCCCGCGGUGUGGGAUCUGCUGGAGGGAUGAAGGGAGGCAGCGAGGACGCCGCGGAUGGAGGCAGAGGGAAACGGCCCCGCUGGGAAAAAAAAAAGCAAAGCUCUGGGCCCGAAUGCUGCGUCCGCCUCUUUGUCACUGCGCCUGGCGGGGCGUGGGGUCACCACGGGGGUGGCAAAAGGAUGACGGUGGUGCCAAGGGUGGGGACAGCGCUGGCCCAGAGUGCCACUGCACAGCCUGGGGAGGGGGUGGGGCGGGAACCUCAAUUUUUGUGCUGCCGGGACAGAGCGGUGCUCCUCCAGCAGCGCGUAUUGCUUCAGAAAAAGGAAGAACUCAACAAAAAGCCCCAAAGACCGAGCAAUGGGUCGGUAGUGCUGAUAGAAGAAAGGGAGCACGGCGUCCCCACGGGGAGCAACGAAGGGGGGGGACAGAGCGGUGCCGACGGCAGGAACGGCGCGGGGAGCCGCCGAGGCCUCGCUCCGCCUCACCGCCCGCUCCGCUCUGCUGGACGCGGCCUGGUCUCGCCUGCAGGAAGGAACGACAAAGCGCGGCUGUUGAGCACGUCGGCCCCUCACUCCUCCCUCGGUGCCGUUCCACGUGUACCGUCCCGAGCCCCCAGAACCGUACCGACAGAACUAAGACAA